AUGGUUUCAGGCGUGCAUAUGACCGUAGCUUACUCCACCGUGGCCCAGCACAUCACCAACACCAACCGUUCCACCCUCGCCAUCCUGCCUCGAAGGCUCCUCGCGCAACUCACGCCUGGGAAUAUCGACCAAGAGGUCCUCGCAAGCCCCCACCAGACUACAUGUAUGAUGCAUCGUCCGCUUCGGCCUCCAGUUCGCCCUCUUUCAGCUCUGCUCCGCGUAUCUGAGCCUCCAGUAAGGCGCUUCGACCUUCUACGUCCCCCGCUGUUUGCUAGCUUCGACAAGACAUGCCCCCAAGAAGCGCGUCAGGCCGCACCGGCCCUCAGCGAGGAAGAGGAGCACGUGCUGCUCCUCUUCCUCGCGGGGGCCGAGGCGGUGGCGCACUUCGUGGGAGCACGCCCCGUGGACAAAUUAGCACAGCAGACCAUCGGCGUAAGGAGGCCAAACUUCGGCUCCACUGGUCGUGCUAUUCGAGUUAAAACAAAUUCUUUCGCCACUACCGCCCAAGCACAGACUAUUUUUCAUUACGAUGUUGGUGCGUUGAAAAGUACGAACCGUCUGAAUCGAGACUCUGACAGUAAUACAGUCGUUCAACCCGACAACCUCUCAGCGAGGUUCAACUUCGAGCUUUUUAAGAUAUUUCAGGAGGACGAGCCGGUGAUAUUCAACCCCAAGAUUGUCUACGACGGGCGCAAGAAUGCAUUUUCCCCUCGAAGACUGCCUUUGGGAGAUACAGACUCGCACAGGUUCACCGUGAGCCUCCCUCAAGCCAACGGGGGAAACAACCCCACUCGCCCUCCAAAGGUCUAUCACAUCCUUCUUACGAAAGUCGCCGAAAUUGGCACAACCCUCUUGCAAGGUUUCGUCAAUGGCCAACAAUCGCAUUCUGAGGAAAUUCUUACAGCCAUCACCGCGCUCAACGUUGUCAUUCGAAUGCAGCCCAACCUGAACCAUCCGUUCGACAAACGGUCUUUUUUCACUUCUCAGGACAAGCGCAUCAUCCUUGGAGGCCUCGAGCUCUGGCGCGGAAUCUUCCAAUCCGUGCGACCCACUUUACGUGGCCUCGUCAUCAACAUCGACCUUUCCACAGGAGUCAUGUACCGAGAGGGUCCGCUGAUAGAUCUUUGCCUCGAAUUCUUCGGUUUCCCCUCGGGCGCCAGCGCCAACCCGCAACGCUUAUCACCUAACGCAGGUUUGGCGGACCUGCGCAUCAGAGAUCUGGAGAAAUUCAUAAACGGCAUGCGAGUGCUUGUUGAAACAACUGGAAACAGGCCCCGCGCCGUGAAGGGACUCAGCCGUCAAGGCGCAAACGCGCUGACCUUUCAGCUCCACAAUGGGACCCAAACGACAGUCUCUCAGUAUUUUCAGAGCCUGAAUAUGCCUUUGAGGCACCCUGCGGUGAUUUGCGUCAAGGUUGGCACAAAUGCCAUGAUUCCUCUCGAGAAGUGCACUGUUCCGAGGGGACAGAUUGUACGAAAGACACUAUCACCCGACCAAGUUAAGGAAGUUUUGGCAUUCUCGACGAAGAGGCCCACCGAGCGACUGAAUAGCAUUAGAGCUGGACGUCAUAAUCUUCAAUACGGUCAAUCCAAUUACGUCACUCAAUUUGGGAUGGACAUAGCGGCUGACCCGCUCGAGGUCGACGCCAGAAUUCUGGACGCACCCAGGUUGAAGUACGGAAACACUGGGGUUCAGGACGGAGCAUGGAAUAUGUUGGAUAAGAAGUUUUUCGAGCCGGCCCAUAUCAAAUGCUGGGUAAUUAUGGUAUAUGCAUCGGAACGGGCCUUUAACAACAAUGCCUGUAAUGACAUGGUGAAAGGGUUCACGAGUGCGUGCAGGAAUGUUGGAAUUAUGUUUGAAAAGCCGGACCCUCUUGUCAAAUAUUUUCCUCCUCAGGGGAACAAGAAAGAGCAAAUGAAAGCUGCUGGCAAUGACUGCUACCAACAAUUCCAAUCCUUCCCCUCGCUCAUAGUUGCCAUUCUUCCUGAUGGCGGCGGCGACAUAUACCAUCACAUUAAACACUUUGGUGAUGCUGUGAUUGGAGUACCAACGCAAUGCUUGAAAUUCUCGAAAUGCACCCGUGCCAAAGAGCAAUACUGGAUGAAUGUCGUCCUUAAAGUGAAUGUGAAGUUGGGAGGAAUUAACGUCAUCCCGGAUACCUCAACCGUAACGGCUUUGACAGACCCGCAGAACCCCACGAUCGUGAUGGGUGCUGAUGUCAUUCAUCCCCCUCCCGAUGUCAAAGACCGUCCUUCCUUCCCUGCAGUAGUUGGAAACGUCGAUACUAAUGCAGCGAAAUAUGUCGCAAUGACUGCGUUGCAAGACGGAAAAGUGGAGCUCAUUGAAGAUUUGCAGGCAAUGUGUAAGAGGAUCCUUGAACUUUACAUGACGUACCGCGAGCGGAAGGAAAAGAAAGCGAAGAAUAUGUGUGCCCCCAAGCGCCUCGUCUUCUUCCGAGACGGCGUCAGUGAGGGUGAAUUUCAGCAAGUCUUGGACAAAGAACUUCCCAGGAUCAAAGCAGCGUGCAAUGAGCUUGGUAUCAAUCCGAAAAUCACUCUCGUUGUCGUCCGAAAGAGACACCACAAUCAAUUCUUCCCCACUGAUGGAGCCACAUAUGCUGACAGGAAGUCCGGAAAUUGUCCAGCUGGAACCGUGGUGGAUCAAGGAAUUGCGCAUCCCACCGAGUUCGAUUUCUUCCUGCUCAGUCAUGCAGGCAUCCUUGGAACUAGUCGCCCCGCUCAUUAUUCGGUCCUGUAUGAUGAAUCCGGGUUCAACGCGGACUCGAUGCAGUCAUUUUCCUACACCCUUUGCCACGUAUACGCAAGGUCGACCCGCUCCGUCUCGAUCCCAGCACCUGUUUAUUACGCGGACAUCGUCUGCUAUCGGGCCAGGAACCACUUCGACCCGGCCGAGAGGGACUUCUCUGACACCAGUACCGUUGCGUCCGGUACCCCUGGUUCUGCCACUAACUAUCUCGAGACGUUCAAGCAAAAAUUCAGGCCCCCUCACGUGAACCAGGAGACCAAGAUGUAUUUCAUGUAA